CACUAGCGAUAUCCACCCUAUUAUAGAAUCACAGUAGCCUGGCGUGUUUGCCGACCAACUUUAUACAGCACUAGCUGUCAACAAUGGGGUUAUGGAGUUUUUUAGUACUACCUGUGAUGACGAUGUUAUAUUUGAUGAUAACGACAGUGUCAGAGGGUACCCCAUUUGACAGCAGAGGCAGGGAGUUUUAUCUGAUGUUUAUGGAACACAAGGUGACCACUCUACAAAGCUUUGGCGAAAUGCUGAUCAUCACCAAUGCUGCUCGUGAACCGGUAACGGUGAACAUUACGUCCAACCACCCAGGAAUCGACACCACCUUCACCAUAGCAGUAGACGCACACGAAACCACCAGAUUUUCACAGGACCUACGGAUGACAGACACCAGGUUGGCUCCAAAGGCUGUCCACGUUGUCUCUACGGGUGACAUUGUCGUCCAGGGGGUCAGUAACGAAGACAGGUCCACAGAUAUGUUCCUUGGACUCCCUCUAGACACAUAUGGCACCGAAUACGUCACGGUGUGUUACUCUCCACCCUAUAUCGCCUGUCAGUUUGGAGUCGUGGCGACAGAGGACGACACCAAUGUCACAAUGCAUUUUCCUAGUGCGGCGUUCAGCGGGGACCCCUCCUCAGCUUUUCUAAAUAUUACCGGAGCAGUAAUAGCUGGUAACACUGCCACAGUUAACAUGAUGAAAUUUGAUUCUUUACAAGUCCAGAGUACAGCUGAGCUGACGGGAACCCUGAUAAGGUCCACUGCUCCUGUCAGUGUAUUCAGUGGGAAUGUGGAUACUCAAGUGGCCGUUUCUGUUGGGGGUGCAGUGUCGAAGGACCACCUCGUGCAACAAUUACCGCCCGUACAGGCGUUAGGUAAAGAGUUCCUAACUGUUCCAAUACCAGAAAAAACGAUAUUUAAGCGCGGAGACGUGUUCAGGACCGUUACUACCACAAAUGAUACGGAACUCAUUGGGGACAUAAACCACAACAUUAUGAGGAUAACAGGUUCUUACAAGUUCACUCAAUUCAAUCUUGGAGGAACUAAUAAUUUGUACACGUCUCUAAAAACCACCAACCCCAUCAUCUUAGCCGAAUUCAUUCAAAGUCAGUACAACACCAUGGAACCCUCAGAUCCAUCCAUGAUAUACAUACCCCCUGUUCAGCAGUUUGAAUCAGAGUAUAUAUUCACCGCUCUAACUUCAUCACCAAGUUCAGGCAAGCCUUAUGUCAACUUAUUAAUCUUAUUGGCCCAAGACAAUGACACAUCCAACAUCUUUUUAGACGGCGUUGCUUUAAACACAGCAAAUUUUCCAUCACUUGCAUGGUAUCCAAUAUCACAUACCAAUUACUUCGGAGCUUAUAUAGAAGUACAGAAUGGGACCCAUAGGUUGUAUCAUGCUCUACCCAACAGACGGUUUGGCGCUGUCUUGUAUGGCAACGUGAAAACAGACACGGUUUCUGGGGAGACCUAUGCCACGCCACUUGGGAUGAGAGCGAGUAGAAUAAACAUGGCAUGCACAGUAACCCCGGACAACUGGUCAGAAACAAGCUAUAUAGGCGACGGCAUUGAUAACGAUUGCGACGGUGAAGUGGACGAGGAAUUUUGUGUCUCUGGGAAUACGCAAGGUAUCGUUAAAGUAUACUGUUUUCUCAUUUAA